GAGGCUCGCGGCCGACUGGGUGGCAGAACUGGCAGCCAUGAUCGCGGUGGUAGCCUGGCUAGCGUUGCUAGCACUGGCGCCAGCCACGUCAGCAACCUCCUUCGCCGACAAAGGUUUUCUUCUCACGUGUCCGAAGUCGCUGAUCGCCGGGACGAAGGAGAAAUGCUGCGUAUCGUUUUACCAGCUCGCACGCCAAACAGUGCGGCUAAAUGUGCACCUACUGCCCAAGAAAAAUAGUACAACGGCUGACAGCGUAGCAAAAUACUACAAAGAAACAUAUAUCAGAGGUGCCUCGGACUUUCGCUGUUUCUCCCUUUCCAUUCCGAAGAAAUCACGUUCCGGCACGCUCUACCUGAAGGUAUCCGUUCAGGGAUACUAUUUCCAAUCGACGAAAACAUCUCCGGUCAAUGUGGUGCCCUACACACUGGUGACACUGGUGCAGACGGACAAGUCCAAGUACAAGGCUGGCCAGGAGGUGCUGUUCCGCGUGGUGACGCUGAAGAGCGAUCUUACCGCCCAGGAGGAGACGGUCGAUCAGAUCUACAUCACAACUCCCGCCGGCACCCGGCUGGCGCAAUGGAACCAGAAAACCACCAGCUCGGGCAUCAUAGCCCUGUCAUUUAAACUGACACAGGAGCCACCUCUGGGCAUGUGGACGAUACACGUGAAGCGUGGAGAUCGUAUCACAAAGCAGACAUUUGAAGUGGACGAGUUUGUCCUGCCUCGGUUCGAAGUCACCGUCACUGGACCCAAGUUUAUUGUCCGAGAUGCCAACACUGUUACUCUCAAAGUUUGUGCCAAGUACACCUUUGGAGAGCCAGUUUCGUCGGCCGACGUUGUGCUGUUGGCCAAACGCACAGUUCCUUCCUACUUCUACUCACGAAACAGAUACGGAGAGCUGGACCGACGAGGAGAGACGCCAUCUAACAUAACGCUAGAGGACACGAGUGACUCGAAGGGCUGCGCAGAAUUUGACGUUCUUUUGUCGAAAAUCGGAGUCGGCAGAACAUUCAGAAACCGCGGAAUCUACGUAAACCAGGUGAUUAUCCAGGCCAACGUGACGGAGGCGGGCACGGGCCUGGUGCUGGGCUCCGACCUUGUCAUACCCAUCCAGACACCGCGCAUCAGCGUCGAAAUCGACGAGCGGCCCGGCACCAAGUUCAUCAAGCCCGGUCUGGAAUACAUUGGAUUUGUCACAGUGAAGGGAGCGGAUGGCGACCCGCUCUCCGAUGAGACCCUGCAAGUUUGUCACACGGAGUCCUUCAUUGACCAAGGAGCGAUCAAGCCGAUCAAAAAGUCGGAAAAUCCGUUUAUAGCAUACCCGUCUUACCAGACAGCCAGCAGAGGAGUCAAGCUGGUGAACAAGGACUUCAACAAGCUUCCAAUCAUUUAUCCUGCAAUACCAUCCAAGACAGACCAAGAAUCAUGCAAUGAGUACAAGAGCAACAAGGACGGUCGCAUUCGGUUCCGCAUUGCGCCCCAGUCUGCCGGUAUCAUCUCCAGCAACGUCAAUGUGCGGACUCGUCGGUCCGGCCUGUCCGGGAGCGACUACGUGUCGCUCAAGGGAUGGUUCUCUCUGACCGACUCGUACAUUUCGAUCGUGCCCGUGAGGGACCCAUACGGUCUGAAGUGUGAGGGUAGCCUCCGACUCACCGUUAAGUCGAACAUCAAAGUGCCGCAAAUGACGUAUUUGGUCAUGACCCGAGGUCAGAUUCAUACCUCUGGUAAGGUGGCACGCGACGGAUCCAUCGAAAUCAAGCUGAAUUUCAGAGUGUCGCCUUCUUUCAAAGUGCUCGUCUACUACGUCAACGGCCUGGGUGAAACAAUCGCCGAUUCAAAGACGUACAGCGUCGCUAACUGCUUCCAAAACCAAGUGAAGGUAUCCUGGGACCAGGAGAAGGUCGAGCCGGGCGAUCCGGCAGUGCUCACCAUUCGGGGAGCGCGCAACUCGCUCUGCGGCAUCUCCGUUGUCGAUCGCAGCGUCGAAUUGCUCAGCGACAAGAACAAACUAACUGCUAAGAAGGUGUUCGAGAAGCUGCAAAAAUUCGUCAUCGGCGAGUACCAGUAUCCUAGGCUUGUAGAAUCUGAUUCUAGCUAUUGUAAGCGGAAACCACGACAUGCAAGGCCAGGCCAUGGAGAUAUCUUUGGCUUCCCUAACGAGUUCCAGUUGGAAGACGGAAUCGCCGACAGGGAACGAGUGCCCCCCUCAAACAGCCGUAAUGCUAGACGCAUACGGCCAAUACCACGACCAACCCCCGACGGUUACUGGUACAGAACACGGCAAGAUGACUCCAUCAAGGCCUUCGAGGUGGCUGGCUACCUUGUGUUCUCAAACUUUGUGCUGGAGUCGCGACCCUGCGAGAGAAACAACCGGUCUUCGCCUGUCUAUUACCCGCGGAGAACGUUCAGAACUGGCAAUGUGGCGUUUGCGAUGGAGGGAGGUGCCGCAGCGUCUCUUGUGCCUGUGUCCACUGCGGCACAAGGCUCCAUCGCAACUACUGCGGAAGACUCGGCGGCCCCGGAGCCGGCCGCGGAGACGGCCGUGGAGCCGGUCGCGGAGACGGCCGUGCGCUCUCUCUUCCCGCCGACGUUCCUGUUUCAGCUGGAGAAACUCGGGGGCUCGGGCCGUAAGGAUAUCAGCACCACCAUGCCGGACACCAUUACCAGCUGGGUGGCGUCGGCCUUCUGCAGCGGACUUCGUAGCGGCUUUGGCCUGUCUGAUACGGCAACUAUCGUCACAUUCAAGCCGUUCUUCGCUCAGAUCCAAGUACCGUACUCGGUGAAACGCGGCGAGCUGCUGCGUCUCAAAGUCUCCGUCUUCAACUUCCUGAGCUCAGACCUGUCGGUGGCGGUGGUGCUGGCUUCGUCGACAGACUUUAGUGUGGCGUCGGGGGGAAGCGGCAGCCAAACCGUUUGCGUUCGCGCCUCCAAGCCCUCAGUGGUGGAGUUCCCGCUCGAAUUCAGCACUCUCGGCAAGGUUAACAUCACCGUAUCGGCCAGGACGAGUGGCUCAGCCUGUGGCUCUUCCAACCAGGUCCAGGCCAGUGAUGCACUCGUACGCAGCCUUAUCGUCAAGCCGGAGGGAUUCCCACAGGAGGAGGUCAACACUGCCUUUAUCUGUAAGGAGGACAGCACGUCUCCGCCAAAGGAGGAGACGUUCGAGCUGGCCCUACCCAACCAAUUGGUACCCGACUCUCAGCGCGCAUGGGUCAACAUCGUGGGCGACCUGAUAGCUCCUUCUGCAGAGAACCUGGAGCGUCUGGUGCGAGUGCCCACCGGCUGCGGCGAACAGAACAUGAUCGGUUUCGUGCCCAACAUCCUGGUGCGCCGCUACCUGGAAGAGGUGAAGCUGCUGACGGACAGCCUGAAGGACCGCACCACGGCCAACAUGCGGACAGGGUACCAGCGUCAGCUGCGCUACCGGCGCCGCGAGGGCUCCUACUCGGCGUUCCCGGAGCGCUCGCCGCCGCGCUACAAGGGCUCCCUGUGGCUGACGGCCUACGUGGUUCGUUCCUACAUGGCCGCCAGCAAGUACAUCGCCAUCGACAAAAACGACGUCUCCAUCAGCACAUCCUGGAUUGUCAAGCUACAGGAGAGCAACGGCGCGUUCAAAAGUUACGGCAACCUCUUCCACAAGGAGAUGCGCGGCGGCGUGGGUAACGGCGCCGUGGAGGCGAUGACGGCCUACGUGCUGCUGACGCUGCUGGAGGCCAAUGACCAGCCGGCGGCCGCCAAAAAGGCCGUGGACUUCCUGCUGGCCUCCAGCACAUACAGCACCCUGUACGCCGAGAUCCUGGUGGCGCACGCGCUGGUGAUGGCCGGGAAGACGUCCGAAGGCAGCAGUCGGGUGCAGACGCUCCUGACCAAGGGCACUCGCCGCGGCGGACAGCUGUACUGGAAGGGAGACCGCACCAGCAAGUACGGCGGCAGCCGCGCGGUGGACAUCGAGAUGACAUCGUACAUGGCGAUGACGCUGCUCAAACUGGGCGGCUCGUCGAACCUGGGCGAGGCCGCGCUGGCCGUGAAGUGGAUCAGCGCCCAGCGCAACAGCCAGGGCGGCUUCGUGUCCACCCAGGACACGGUGGUAGCGCUGACGGCACUCACCGAGUUCGCUAUCGCCACCUACUCGGAGAGCACGGCCGUCGACGUACUGGUCACGGCCUCGCCCAGCUACCGGUACAGCGUGCAGAUCACGGCCGAAAACCGGCUGCUGACACGCCAGGACUGGCUGCCGCAGCCGCUCGCGCUGCCUAAGAAGGUGACGUUCUCGGUCAAUGGACUGGGCUGCGCCGUCGUCCAGUCGGUGUUCCGCUAUAACACCAAGGUGGCCUUCCCCGACCCCAAGUUUAACCUGAAGGCCGUCAUCACCAAGGUGAAGAGUUCCUGCUCGUUCACGCUCAACAUCUGCACCAGCUUCAAGGAGCCCAACACAGAGAGCAACAUGGCCAUUGUCGAAAUCGAGAUGCUCUCUGGAUUCGUCACCAUUGACAGCAGUCUGAGAAAACUGGAAAAUGACAAGGUUAUUGAGCGCUGGGAAUUCAACGAAGGCAAGGCCAGCCUCUACUUUGAAGAGUUCACUGAUAAGGAGGUCUGCUUCGACGUGCGCUUCAUCCGCGCUCUCGAGGUCGAAAAGCUGAAGCCGGCCGUUCUCCGAGUAUACGACUAUUACGCCCAUGAGGACAGAUUUGAAGUGACAUAUGGCCCGCCUGAAUGUCCGUGAUAAAACAUGAUGCGGAAAGAACAGAUCCCGGCAACGACGGAUACGACGGUUGGAUUUGACGAAAUCAAGCAUCUUUGGUGUGAUAAGGUUAUUUACUGUUGGAUAAUGUGCAUUUACGGAAUAAGCGCCUGGGGUCGUGUAGUUGUGUUUCCUGUA